AUGCCGAGCCAGUUCUGCUUGUACGGGGCGGUUACCGCCCUCUGGGUUGUAGCGAGGCAUGACCACCCAGAUCGGAGAAGCUUGCUGCAGCAUGCAAGCUUUCUUCUGGGCUCCACACUGAACCAUGCCUUGGACUUCACGGAGAGCUCUGCCUGGCCGAUCACGCUUGCUGAUGUGCUUUCAAACAUAGAAGCUGCGGACCGUGAUCAGGACUUCCUCCUGCCCGGGGACGUAAGUUCUCGUUAUGGUAUGCCCCUGAAGCCGUCACCAGAAGCAAGUUUGGCUGCGGUCCACGUGGCAGAGGCCUUCGAGCACGAACGGAUCCGGAUUGAGGUCUGGGAGGUGGGGGUGCACGCAUCCCUGUCUGCGGAGCCCAUCCACAUGUUUCUCAGAAUCCUUUCUGGGGCCGAGAUGCACUACCGGAACCUUAUCCGGGACCAGUAUCCUGUCUGGAUGCCAAAUCGCUGCGAAACGCUGUACUGGCAUCCUAAGAUGAAGUGCAUCGAAAAUGAUGAUGAGAUCUCUCAGCUCUUCCAGCGGCGUAUCCCGCACAGUGCCACGUCCAAGGAUCCCAUCACGGAUAUUGACGGGCUGGCAGAGGAGUUCGAAGCCGUGGCGGGUGCCCGGCUGAAUUACGUGGACAUCAUGCUCUGCACUGUAGCUUACUUGUGUCUCAUGCUCGAGUCCCUCGAUUUGCCGGUCUUGGGGUACUUCGGCCACCCGCUCUUGUUCAUGGCUCCUGAUGACCAGGCGGCCCGCGAGAAAUACUGGGAGCGCUUUGCAGCCAUGGCCCAGAGAAACCACGUGGAGUUUGCAGUGAGCGACCCGUUCUUGCAGAUGCAGUUCGAGUACCAGGUUGGCAAGCCCACGCUCCCCAUCAUCCGGACGCAUGCGCUCUACACUGGCGCGACGCACAUCCCGGUGCGAGACACUGAGGUGCUUGUGUUGGACCGUCCGCAUGAGGCGAUCUUGAUGUGCACCAUUCAGCGCCUAAUGGGAGGCGAUCCCAUGGACUGGCAGCUUGGGGAUGGUCGGCUCCGGUCCGCGAGCAGCACCCAAUAUCCCUACCGCUUCAGCACGCGCGCGAUGACGGAUCGGAAGUUCAGCACAUUUGCGCAGUUCCGCGCGGUGGUCCUGUGGCCUUACGACAUGGACCUCAUCACCUUCUACGAGUUCUAUGGCAUGAACAUGCCCAUCUUCAUGCCGUCGCAGCUGUCGAAGUACUUGUUCCACCAGGACCACCAGUCCUACAACUACCGGUGGGCUGAGCGAGAUGACCCGGGCGAUUACAGCCUCUGGGACACGGAGGCUUGGAGCCCCUUCCAGGAGCUGUCGCCUGGCGCGGCUCACCGGAUAGUUGGCUUCUCUGACUACUUCCGCUUCCCUGCGGUGCAGUACUUCGACUCCAUCCCUCACUUGUUGAGCCAGCUCCCGGCCACGGACUUCUUCGAGAUCGUAUACUUGUACACCAUUUUGUACACCAUCUUGUACACCAUCUUGUACACCAUCUGGUACACCAUCAGUAGGCCGAGUCCUUCUGUUCUGGCUGUAAAGCAGAUUAGCUUCUGGCCCCGUUCCUCCGAACGUAGCCGCUUGGCGGACCUAGUCAGUGUCAUGAGUGCAGCUGCCGAGCUGAAGGGCGCGCUGUCAGGAACUCAAUCACUUCCCCUUCACUGUUGCAGCGACGACUCCGAGUGCAGCACCAUUGCAGGUAGUACCAGCUACGCAGACGAAGAGGUGCACGUUGUAUCUCCUCAUCCAGAGCCAGCGCUGUUGCACGAACCGGGCGCCAGCGAGACCUUCAUCAUUUUUGACUGGGACGACACGCUUCUUCCAACAAGCUUCAUCGAAGAAGCUGCACGCAUGUGCGCGCCCAACUGUGCCUUGCCAGACCUGCAUGGGCAGGCUGCAAGGUCAAGACGGACGCUCUCGCGGACCUCCAAGCAGCGUACGCAGACGCGAGGAUUGCCCCCAGACUUCCCAUGCUAUGCGGCCAUCAAGCAUCACGCCACUGUUGUGGAACAGGUCCUGCGUGCUGCGAAGGCCGCGGCUCACCGAGUGGGCAUCGUCACACUGUCAGAGAGGCCGUGGGUAUUCGAGUCAGCAGACAAAUACCUUCCAGGACUUGACGUUCCCGAGCUUCUGAAGGAACUGCAGAUUCCUGUGUACUAUGCCCCGGAGCAUGAGAACAAAUCCGCAUCUGAAGAGGAGGAUCCCAAGGUCAGCAUGAAGCAGGCAGCGAUGGCCGAGUUCCUACAGGCAGGGUGGGGAAGGCAUUGGAAGACCAGCAAUUCUGCAGCGCCAGUGACCAUGAGCCAGGAAGCUUCUUCGCUCGCCGAAUUCAUCUCGCAUGAUUGGGGCACUGCGCGCUGGAAGAAGUUCGUUACGAUGCUGGUCAUGUACAACUCCAGGGCAGCCUUCUUCACCACCGCCGCGGUGAGCCUGAUAGAGUCCAUCGUGGUGCUGGUCAUGGGUUGGCGGCGGCAGGUCUGGACAACUUCUCUGGGCUUUCUGACCUUCCCCUUCAUCCUUUGUUUCUGGCAGCGCAUUCGAGUGCUCAUCGCUCCGCCUACUUUGGUCUUCAUGGACAAGUUGUGCAUUGCACAGGACGACCCCGAUCUGAAGAUGCAGGGCAUCAUGGGGAUAGCAGCGUUCAUGGAGCGCACGAGAAAGUUGACGAUCCUAUGGUCUCCACGGUACUUCACGCGCCUGUGGUGCACCUACGAGCUGGGCUCUUUCUUCAGGGAUGGAAGCCGGGAUGCGCCCGAUUCCAUUGAGAUCAUGCCAGUUGCGCUUGGGGUCAUUGUCUUUCUCAUGGGCAUCCUGGCCCACAGCUUCACAAUCGUUUGGUUGAUUUUCGGCAGCGCGUAUGGUAACGACCUUAGCGCGGCGCCAUCCAACGCCCUGGUUUGGCGGGCCACAACCGUCUUGCCUGCUGCUUUCAUACUGGCGCCUAUAGCUUUUGUGUUCUUGAGCUUGCAGUCGUAUGUGGGCUUGAGGUUGAUGCGUGACAUUGCCCAACUUCCACAGCAACUGAAGACUUUCAGUAUCCGUGAUUCCUCCUGCGGUUGUUGCACUCACCACCACUGCGUGCCCGCGACUGGGGACUACAUCCCGUGCGAUCGUGUGGCGGUGUAUGCAACCCUACAGUCGUGGUACCCAAACGGUUCUGGUUCAGAAGAAGCCUUAUUAAAUCGCUUCGACCACACUGUGCGCUCCAAGCUCAGCAGGAUCGUGGCCAAACAGUUGGGUACGGGUCAUCUUCCUGUCCCCUACCUGCUAUACAUGGUUUGCAGCACCUCCGUUGCAGGAUUCCCGUACUACAUACAAGAUGUCGCGAGGAUACCUGCCGAUGUUGAUGCCAUAUAUGUGUGGGAGUAUCUCCUGUGGCUCUUCUUUGAUUCGACUAGGCUGUCAGUCCUCUUCAUAUUUGUGGUCACAAUUAGCCUCUGGCUGUGGAAGGUCUUGCAGAAGACAGGCAGCGGCCUAGCAGGAACGGUCUGCCUUUCCUUGCUCCUUGGCUUCAGCGGCAUGCUGUUCUCGGGGGCCUUCAUGGUCGGCCUUGAGUACGCUUACUGGGGCACUCGUGUUGACGUGGCCGGUUCCGCCAUCUACUUUAGUGUUCUUGCAAUCACCGUCAUUAGCCUUUGGACCCAGCGCAGGCACCAGAAGACCUGGGAGCCGGCGGAUUUCACUUCUCAAACGAGCACGUUACAGUAG